GCGAGGCCGUGGAUUGGCAGCGCGCACAGGCCGCGCUGCUGCCGCCGGAGCCGUAAUAAAGGGACGGCCGAGACAGCAGCUUGAUCGCCGCUGGCACCGCGCCGGGCCCCGCGGGCGGUCCGGAGCCAGAACAGUUGGAAGCCAGUCUGGCCCACGAGGGCAUCUUCUACCUUUCUCCCUUUCUAGAGCAAACUUACAAACUUUUAAAUGCAAGAGGCAGAUGAGCUGGGAACCUGGAAAUAGGCUGCCUCUAGCAUUAAGUUCCUCCCUCUCUCUGGCAUUACCUUCUGCUGCCACAAAGUGAACUGAUCACUGGGAAAGGCAGCACCUCCUUGCCAUUGCUGGGACCCUGCCUUGAAGAGCCCCCAGCCCUGUAAACACAGCCUGUAGUCUGUCUUCUUGGUUAAUGUCCAGAGCUGUUUGAUCAGUCCUCUGCUGUGCCUUGUCUGAGGUCCUUGUCCAUCCUUGAGAUUGGACACCUUCUUUCUCUAGGUUGUGUCACCUUAAGCAGGAAACUGAAGCCGUUACUCUCCAAACCCUGUUUCAUCUUCCCAAGCAUGUCAGAAAGCUGGCAGCAGCCCCCACAGACGCAGCCCCAGCAGCCCCAGCAGCCCCAGCCGCCGCAGCCUCAGCACCAUGCAGAGCCACCACCAGCGCUGACUGACCAUUCACUGCCCCCCGGCACAGCCGAGAACCCCCUGGGCUGUGCUGUCUAUGGCAUCCUCCUGCAGCCAGAUCCUGGCCUCCAGCCCCCCCAACAUGCACCGCUGCAGGCAGCAGGGGACCCAGGCCCCAAAUGUGGGGUGUGUGGUCAUGACCUGGCACACCUGUCCAGCCCCCAUGAGCACCAGUGUCUAGUGGGCCACGACAGGUCGUUCCAGUGCACGCAGUGUCUCAAGAUCUUCCACCAAGCCACGGACCUGCUGGAGCACCAGUGUGUGCAGGCUGAGCAGAAGCCUUUCGUCUGCGGAGUCUGUAAGAUGGGGUUCUCACUGCUUACCUCGCUGGCUCAGCACCACAGCGCCCACACUGGCUUGGUGAAGUGCUCCAUCUGUGAGAAGACCUACAAGCCGGCCGAGUCUGCCGAGCCAGCUGCUAGUACAGGGGCCCCAUCGCUCCAGGUGGCACCUCCGCCUCCUCCGGCUGCCCCCGCAGAACAGCCUGAGAAGCCCUACAGCUGCCCCAUCUGCCAGAAGCCCUUCAAGCACCUGUCAGAGCUCUCUCGGCACGAGAGGAUCCACACCGGGGAGAAGCCAUACAAGUGCACGCUGUGUGACAAGAGCUUCAGCCAGUCGUCCCACCUGGUGCACCACAAGCGCACGCACAGCUCGGAGCGACCCUACAAGUGCGCCGUGUGCGAGAAGACCUUCAAGCACCGCUCACACCUGGUGCGCCACAUGUACGCACACUCGGGCGAGCACCACCUGUUCCGCUGCAAUGUGUGCGAGUUGCACUUCAAGGAGUCCUCAGAGCUGCUGCAGCACCCCUGCACCCCGAGCGGCGAGCGGCCCUUCCGCUGUGGUGAGUGCCAGAAGGCAUUCAAGCGGCCUUCUGACCUGCGGCAGCACGAGCGUACGCACAGUGCCGAGCGGCCCUUCAAAUGCGAUCUGUGCCCCAUGGGCUUCAAGCAGCAGUACGCCCUCAUGCGACACCGGCGCACGCACAAGACUGAGGAGCCCUUCAAAUGCGGCCUGUGUGAGAAGGGCUUCGGCCAGCCCAGCCAUCUGCUCUACCACCAGCACGUGCACACCCUCGAGACCCUCUUCAAGUGCCCCGUGUGCCAGAAGGGCUUCGACCAGUCAGCUGAGCUGCUGCGGCACAAGUGUCUGCCGGGCUCCACUGAACGGCCCUUCAAGUGCCCGGUGUGCAACAAGGCCUACAAGCGGGCGUCGGCCCUGCAGAAGCACCAGCUGACACACUGCGCGGCGGCUGAGAAGCCCCUGCGCUGCACCCUGUGUGAGCGCCGCUUCUUCUCCUCCUCCGAGUUCGUGCAGCACCGCUGCGACCCGGCCCGGGAGAAGCCGCUCAAGUGCCCAGACUGUGAGAAGCGCUUCAAGUACGCAUCAGACCUGCAGCGCCACCGCAGGGUGCACACAGGCGAGAAGCCCUACAAGUGCCCAAACUGUGACAAGGCCUUCAAGCAGCGCGAGCAUCUCAACAAGCACCAGGGCGUGCACGCCCGAGAGCAGCAGUUCAAGUGUGUGUGGUGUGGCGAGCGCUUCCUGGACAUGGCCCUGCUGCAGGAGCACAGUGCCCAGCACAGUGCUGCGGCAGCUGCCGCCGAGGGCGCCUACCAGGUAGCUGCAUGCCUGCCCUAAGCCGGGGCCCUAGCCACCUGGCCCAGCCCAGCCUCACCUUGCAGCUGCAUGGCAUCCUGUCCCCUACCUAGCUCUAUGUUCUGAGCCCCCCAGAGAGGAGACAGAAGGGUCCUGUGCAGGCGGGCAGCACACCUGCUCAGUCACCCUGGCACCAGCCUGGCAGCAGAGGAGCCCAAAUGCUGUGGCCAGUCCUGAUUCCACAAACCCUUUCCCAUCGUAGGAUUUACCCUUGGAGAGUAUCUCUACCUCUCUCAUCUCUGGGAGCCUGGAGUCCCAGGGGCAGUCAGGUGACCCCUGUGAACUCUGGGGGCGGAGGUGUCAACUCAGCCUCCCCAAACCUUUUAGCUUCUUAGGAGCCAGAUUGUCUGGAAGGAGGAGAGGGGCAAGGCAGUACUUGGGCCCCAGAGGUAGGCAGGUAGGGCGUCUCCUUCAAGUUGCUGUUUGGGGGGAAGGAGGGAAGAUCGAAACCACAACCUUCUGUUCCAGCCAGAGUUUCUAGUAAAGAUGUACAGGAUAGGGAACUCUGCUGCCUGAAGAGCAAGGGCUCAUACAAGAGGUGCAAGCAGGUAUGUACCUGUGAUACCCUCGAGGAGGGACAGUGCAGUCCAUGGAAGGAUGACAAGGCCACUGUCUGUGUUUGUGGCUAACCAGGCACAGGUGCCUUGGAAGCACCCCCACCACUUGUGCAGUAUGGGUCUAGUCUGUGACAUGAAGGGCUCCAGUAUGAGUUCAGUCCAGACAUCUCCCCCACCAUAGAGAGCUGUCCAUGGGAAAGGUAAGGCUGGCAGACCUCCUACUGGGAGGUAGGGCCAAGCCCAUGAUCUCUCCAGCAGACAUAAAUACAUGUCCUCUUCCAUAUUGUGUGAACCAAAGUGUUCUGGCUCAGAGGUAUAGCCUCUAAGUGUCACACAGCCUCACGGUGUCAAGGCCAUGCCUAGGUACCCCUGGUGGGAGUGGGUACCCACUCUUGACUUCACAGUGCUCUUCCAGCCUGAGGUAACACCAUCCCUCUAUUAGCCUGGCUCUUGACUUGACCUGAGGGAUCUCAGUUGUCAAAAUGCUCUGGCAUUAUCUGGUUACUUGAAAGCCAGAACAUUCUCCUUUAGUCUUCCUGGAAUAUCCCAAGGGCUCUGGCUGUCUGCAGGACCCUCAGAGCAGCAAGUGUCCAGGUGCAGGGAACAGAGAAGCAAGAUGAUUAUGGAGUCCUAUAGGCAGUGUUCCUGGCAAGUACAUGGUCUACCAACAUUGCUGGACAGCCAGCCCCCCCCCCCCCCCGGAGCCCAGCCAACCUGCAGACCGUUCUAAACCCAGCUCUACCCCAGCCCCAAACCUCCCUGCUUGUGGUCUUGGAAGAAGACUGAAGAGUACAUGGCACGGGUACAGUGGGAUGGGAAGAUGUGUCACCUCAGGAAGUCUGAACAGUCGCUUCUACCUGUUCUGACCGAGUUCUCCUGGGCCUGCAGAGGCGCUAGCCCUUCCUCAGUACUUAUUCUUGGUCACAAUGCCUCAAAAGACUGGAAUCCAGGCUUGUAACAGUUCCAACAGCUAUUUUUUUCUUUCAUUUUGCUUUCUAAAAGCAGUUUGUUAUACUAUUCAUAACAUUGUAUAGUUUAAUUUCAUGUCAUUUUGGAUCUUAUACAUAAAUGUGAAUAUUGGAAUUUUUAAAAAGGACUCCAUUUUAGGUAGCCACUUUUGAUGUUAAUAUAUAGUGAGUCCAAUGUAUGCUUUAGAAGUAAAGACAUUGACCAUCAUAGGCCAGA